ACUCGGGCUCCCAGUUUGGUGAGGAGCCCCAGAGAACCCACAGCUGCCUUGGAGGCACUGCCUCUGGAAUUGGGAGUUCCGUUCUAGAGCCAGGGGAGGGUUCCAAGUCACACAGGGUUCCCCUUGUGAGAUCUCAAUUCCACCAAGGCUCUGGGAACCUUUUCCAAUAACCUAGAAGUGCCCUGGUUCUCUAAAACCUGCUCUACCCAAAAGCUUCCCCACUCAGCCUUCAGGAGCCACAUGUCAAGGUGAGACUGCGGGUCUGCCUAUGCCAGGACACUUGACCCCCGAGGUCCCAGGAAGCUUUGAGCUGACCCAGGUUUGGGUAUAGGUCUACAGGGCCCUGUUGCUGGCCAGUGCCAGGAUGGCUGCAGAGAAGGCUCCCCGGCUUACAGCUGAUCUGAUCGUGAUCCCGGAUUUCCCAUUCUCUAACCGUCUAUCAGGACUCAUCAUGAAGGAAGAGGCAGGGAAGAGACUUGUCAGGUUGAAUGCCACCCUUGCGAUGAUACAGUUUUGUGGGUCAGAACUUAGAAAUGUCACUUCCUAUUUUUCUUCAACUUUAAUAGGAGCAUUGCAACCUGUGGGUAUGCUAUUCAUCUUAUUAUACAUUCUUGGUGGCAUUUAUUUGUCAAGUAUUCCUGAUACUCAUUCCCGGGUUUGAAUAGGGUUUGUAGACAUGCUAGGAACAUUAUAUUCUCUUAUAUGGCUUUCUCUCUUCCACUAGCAAAUAGGACAUCUCCAGCCCAUACUUAGCCUUUACCUGCAUAACCACAUUUUCUAUGUAUUCAUUUAGUAAGACUAUAAAGAAUCAUCUACUAUUUUAAUCUUUUAUUUAAUAAACUAUUUCUAAUAAUUUUAAAAAUAUUUAUGCAUUCAUUUUUGAGCAUUUAGAACAAGUGGGACAUUGGGCUCAACACUGGGACUACAGAGAUAAAUAAAACAGUGUCCCUGUCCUCAAGUUUCUGCCAGUCCAAUGACAGCUUUCCAAUGAUUGUCAAACAUUAGGCGAUAUAAAACAUGUUCUGAAAUUCUCACCCUGGCCCAAUAAAAAGUGCACGAUAUAAAUGUCUCUUGGGUGAUCAUUUGCUCCUCGUGUAAGAUGUCACUUGUUUUCAAUCUAUGGAAAAAGUAAUGGGAAAAAUAAACUUAAUUUUAACUAGGUCCCAAGCUCCUUGAACUUGCCUCCAAGCUCUUUGUUUUUAGUCACCAGUGUAUCACCGAUGCCUCAGCUUCCUGCCAAGUGUUGUAGAAUGAAGGCCCCUGUGAGAUAUCACUCCAUUUCCUAUGCAAAUGCAGGAAGAUGAUACAGUUCCUCUCCUACUGAUACAUUCGUUUCCCCAGCUACAAAGUAGGGUGAGAUUUAUCUCUAAGGUGAUCGAUUGUGAAAAGUCUUUCGUAAAUGCUGUAGUAAGAAGGCACCCAUCAAGCCUGAACAACUAGAUCCAGUGUGACCACAUUACCCAGGUGCACAGGGAUGCGGAGACAGACGGUAUGACACCAUGCAGAAGCCACCUACACUGCUCACCUGAGGAGACUGGAUAGAGAAGUUCUCGCAUCACAACUCUCAGGCAUUGGCAGGAAUUCACAAAGCUCCAGAAGCAAUCUCUCCACAGAAAAGGUCCUAGAGAUGGCUGUCCCACUCUGGCCACCCCUCGUGGACGUGUCUGAGCCGUCCUCUCCUCUCCUUCCCUCCCUCCACAAGUUGUUUUUUCUCAUGGAACUAACACUGACCAAAAUGUCGGACAUGACAAAGCUCCACCAAGCUGUGGCUGCGGGGAAUUACAGUUUAGUGAAAAAGAUUUUGAAGAAAGGUCUCUGUGACCCAAACUACAAGGACGUGGACUGGAAUGACCGAACCCCACUUCACUGGGCUGCAAUCAACGGGCAUAUGGAGGUGAUGCAGAUUCUCAUAGAACACGGAGCCAGGCCCUGCCUGGUAACUGAUGUGGGCUGGACCCCGGCUCACUUUGCAGCUGAGUCAGGACAUCUGAAUGUGCUCAAAAUUCUCCACGCGUUGCAUGCCGCCAUCGAUGCCCCUGAUUUCUUUGGAGACACACCAAAGAGGAUCGCAGAGAUCUAUGGGCAGAAAGCCUGUGUGGCAUUCCUGGAGAAGGCCGAGCCGGAGUGCCGGGACCACCGCCGCAUCGCCAGGCAGCAGGGGCUGCCGCUGGACCAGAGGGACGAAGACUGGGACGCCAAGAAAAGGGAGCUGGAGCUGUCUCUUCCUUCCUCCAAUCAAAACACUAAUAAGAAAAAGAAUAAGAAAAGUCAAGGCCCCACCAGGCUCAGCAAUACCAAGGGGAGAAGAUGGUGAGGAGGCCGGCGCCUGAGCGACUGGAACCUACAUUUUCCGAUGGGAGACUUUCCCUGGCGCCAGACUGGAAAGUGUUAGGCGCGUGUUGUCUUUAUGUGAUUUCACUUGUAGGCCAUUACCCUCACGGCUUCCCCGAGAGCUCAUGACCUGUCAUUCAAUCUGGAAGUCUGGCCUGGGUGAUCUCUACACGGGCUGUUGCCUCCUUGCUAAUACCUGCUGCCCAUGAGAAUUACCAGGAGGGAAUAAAUAUCAGCUGCUUGCAUUUUGUCAUCAGCGAUUUGCACUCUGAGUGCCUCCUAACCCCCUAGGCGCAAUUAUGGAAUUUCAGGGGGCUAAGAAAGAGGUCCUCCUAAGAAAACUUGAUUGUUUCAACGAAAAAAAAAGAAAAGUAACAACAAAAUCUCGAAAAUCUCCAACACACUUGGUUCAGUUAAUCUAUGAAAUAAAAUUGUUUGUUGUCACAUAGACCAAGCAAAGAGGAGAACAAAUGUAUCUCCCAGUUUCUAGCCAUUUUUUCCUUUGUGGGGUAGGGACCCACAAUCUCAGGGCCGCCAUUUUACCCAUGAUCACUUCUGCAUAGAAGGAAGAAUCUGGGCAAUAGACCAGCUCAGGGAGAAUUAACUGGAAGCCCUGACAUGAAUUAAUUUAAUCCCACACAACUAAUGAGAGACAGCGUAAAAUAAUGGAACAUGUGAUUACAGCUCUAAUUGUUCAACUGUAUAUUUUAGGAAAUCUAAAUCCAGAUCAGGUAUUUCCAAUGAAAAUGUUGAUGUGUGCUGUAAGACAUAUUGAAUUUUGAAGAUUUAGAACAAAAAAUGUAAAAAAGGUCGAAUAAUAUUUAAUAUUGAUUACAUGUUAAAAUGAUAAUAUUUUGGAUAUUGAGUGAA